AAAAUUUUCGUUUUUCCUGCACUCGCAAAUCGAGCUGAGUAAUUUACGAUAUAUUUUUAUUUCGCGUUCGUUUCGUUCGUUUUGCUAGUGUUAUCUUAAUCUUUAAAUUACAAAAGUACACAAAAGCCAAUGUAUAACUUUUGAAUAACAAUUCCCGUCGCAUUGCUUUCAGUCGCAACAAAAACCCCAACACUUUUCUCGCUGUAAAAACUUGAAACAAGCUCUAAUUUUCUUAAAAUUAAAGGGUGUGCCAAGAACCAAAAGACUGCCAAGUUAUUAGACUUUUUUUUCCUCCUGCGCCUUUCUCAUGCAACUGACGGUAUUUAAGUGAUUUUCCAAUAAAUCCAAGCAUCUUAUUCGCUGCGUUUCUAUUGAAAUAACAAUAGUUUACCACAAAAUUUAACAAAAACGAUGUUAAAAUUUGAUACAAACGUUGAAAACAAGAAUCCCUCAAUUAUGGAAGCAAUGGAUUCGCUGACUUUCAUCAAGGAGGAAGCCACAAGGCCCGACUUAGUAAGUGGCACUGAUUUUAGAUCCAUACCAUUUAUUAACACCGUAUCGGAAAAUCCAUAUGACUCAUCAGACAAUAAUCUUCGAUCGUUUUUGCUUAUGGACGAACAAGAAAACCUUCAAGUUGCAACUCCUGAAUUAUUUUGCAAGCGACUACGUUGUUCCGAUAAUGAUAAGAUCAAAGUAAUUUCAAUAUUUGGCAAUACAGGCGAUGGAAAAUCUCACACAAUGAACAAUGCAUUUUUUUGUGGCCAAGAAGUUUUCAAAACAUCAUCGGAACAGAAUUCUUGUACCAUAGGUGUGUAUGCUGCUAUGCAACAUCAACUUGGUGUUCUUUGUUUGGAUACAGAAGGGCUUUUGGGUACAACUGCAAAAAGCAAUCGACGCAUGAGAAUGUUACUUAAGAUAUUAGCCAUAUCAGAUAUUGUGGUGUAUAGAACACGUUCGGAACGAUUACACAGCGAUAUGUUUGACUUUUUGGGAACAGCUUCAAAGGCAUUUUGUUCCCAUUUUGCCCAAGCUCUACAGUCACUUGCAAUUCCCGGAACAGCUCAAGCAUUAGGACCAGCAGUUAUUGUUUUUCAUGAGACAAGACACACAAAGCCGUUAGGCAGUUCUCUCGAAGAAAGUGCCGAGGAUAAACUUCGUCAGGGUUUUGCUCGUCAAAAUAUUGAAACAAAUGCAUUCAGUUCACUGCGUUAUGUUGGAAUUAAAACUCCCGAUGACCGAUCAACUGAUUUUUCCAAAGUAAUCACAGCAAUUCAAAUGGAAAUUGAAAAUACUUCUGUACGAUCUCCGCGACAGCCCAGUGUAGUCUUUAAGGCAAUGAAGGCUCUUAAUUUGAAAUUCUCUGGUGAGAUUGUCGAAAGGACAAUCAAUCCCUUUCCAGAACAGUAUUUCACUUGUACAGUUCAUUGUGAGUCGUGUAGUCGACGCUGUCAACGUUCCAUGGGUCAUGUAGUUGAUGGGGAAAAUCAUCAAAAUACAGCGCCGUGUAACUAUCAACACCAGUUUGAAAAUAAAGUUCUAUUGUGUCAACAAUGCUAUAAAAAUGGAAGAGAGGUUAUAGUUACAAUUGGUGCUCAAGGACAAAAUGAAAAUUCCCUAUUUGGCUAUGCCAAAUACGCAUGGAAAGGAUCAAUUAUUGAGUGUCCAAAUUGUGGUGAGAUUUAUAGAGAACGUCAGUAUUGGUAUGGCAAUAAGCCACCAGAAGCUAUGGCUGUUAGGUCAGAAAUUGUUCAUGUUUGGAAAGGAGGAAAUGUGCCUGUUAAAGGACCAGUACAUUCUGCCCAAAUGGUUCUUGAUGGAGUUUCAUAUUUAGCAGAAGCUAUCAGUAGUAUAGGUUCAAAACCGACAAAAGCCUUAACCGACUUGCUUGCUGAUACAGUGGCCCCAAGUUAUUGGAAACCAAAUGCAGAAAUUACACACUGUCAUGAAUGUAGAAAAAACUUCGAAAAGACUGGUUUGCGAAAGCACCACUGCCGUGGAUGUGGUGAAGGUUUUUGCAAUGCUUGUAGCCAACAUAAAUUACCAGUUCCAGCUCGUGGUUGGAAUGAUCCAGUUCGAGUGUGCAACGACUGCCGAGAAGAGCUCAGUAAAAACCAAGACUCAGUCAGGGAAAAACCAAGAGAUAACCUAUGUUAUACUACUAAUAAUACAGGGCCACCCAAUGAAGAUGGAGACAUAUUUGUGAGAAAAUAUAGUGAAACAAUCUACAAUACCAUAAGUAGUGUUACAUCCGUACUUGAGUACCCUAAAGAUCUUAUUAAAGAUACCGCUCGCCCUUCAUAUUGGGUACCUGAUUCAGAAUCACCAGCCUGUUCGAUUUGUAAAGUUCAGUUCGGUACUGCUGAAGAGCUACUGCAAAAUGCCAUGACUCCGACCAAAAACGAUUCUAGCCGAAACUCAAAGGAAGUUGGUGACUGCUGGCGCCAUCAUUGUCGAGCAUGUGGACAAGCAGUUUGUGGGAAUUGCUCGGCAACACGUCGACCAGUACCUGAACGGGGAUGGACCUCCGAUGUUCGUGUCUGUGAUGCAUGUUCUUGUGAAGGAAAGUCGAAGUUUGAUUAAAUUUUGUUUGUUCAAAUUUUAAAUUAUGUAUUUGAUUAUCCUUUAACCAAUUUUGGAAUAGUUAUUCUAUUUAUAUGUUAAGGUUUCAUUUUCUCAAGACGAAGCACACUAAUUUUUGUUUUUUGUUUUGUUUUGUUAUUUUCGGAGUAUGCUAAAAUGUGAUAUUGAAUGUAAAAACAAGAUACCCGUAACCAAGUACACUAAAAAAAUACAAAAGAAAAUACAAAUAGAAUAUGUUUGUGUGUGUGGAAAAUGAAUAGAUAUUUAAUAAACUAUGAUACAAAGCACGUCGUUUGUGCAGUUUGUUUUUAAAAAUAAAUAUUA